UACGUGACAGAAGUAGGGUUUGUCCUACUCUUUCGCAAAAUAGAGAAGACAGACACGCUUGGACUAAUUUAGGGAUUUAUUUCCUUGUAUGAAUCUGAGGGAACGCCAACGGUGGAUUAUUAUCUGUGAACACGACUCAUUAACAUAAAGCCUACCAAUUAACGUACACCUGCAGCAUGCAAACAGUAGGCCUAACAUUUGAGGACGUUGAAAGUGGUAUAAAGUUGUCUAGAGGAGUUCAGACCAAACAGUAGUCUAACAAUUUAACUAGUUCAAUUGUUUUACUCUGAAGUUAAAAGCGGGCGCGUUCGGUGCAUUUCAAAGGUUUCAUGUCCUUUUUUUUCAUUCGUAGACACAACUCUGCCUUUUAAGUCUCAACCAAAACAAACGCUGCGCCAACUUGACCCCCCAAUAAAUCAGAUGAACGUGGGAAACGCGGCCGUAUCAAAGGGCGCGUGCCUCUCCGGUCCUCUCGCACCUGUGGGAGGGCCUAUAACGAGCAGUAACCAACCGAGUGUCUUACCUGUGAAUACAAAUGUCAUCCACAGUACCUCCUCAUAAAACACUGCAGUUCAUUCCAGCAGCUACGGCGAAACUCAAGAUGGAUAUGCUGGGAGAAACGGGUGAUUCCCCGGAAAAAACGACAAAAUUGAACACGAGCUUAGAUACGGUAUCGCUCGAGGCCAAACGAUGCACGGACUAUAGUCCUCUGGCGGAGACGGAUGAGACUGAAAUCGGUAAGGGGGACCAGCCAGAGAAGCCCCCGUAUUCUUACGUGGCCCUCAUCGCCAUGGCCAUUAAAGAAAGCAAAGAGAAGAGGCUAACCUUGAGCGGAAUUUAUGAGUUCGUCGUCUCCACAUUUCCCUACUACGAGAACAACAAGAAGGGUUGGAAGAACAGCAUUCGACACAACCUCAGUCUCAACGAGUGCUUCGUCAAAGUUCCUAGAGAAGGACUUGGUGACAGGAAAGGUAACUUCUGGACUCUGGAUCCUGCUUUUGAAGACAUGUUUGAGAAGGGGAAUUACAGGCGACGGAGAAGACUGAGGAGACCGUACCGGCUGUCUUCCUUGCCGUACCCCCCGAGAAACCCCCCCGUGGAGUACAGCGAGCCCUUAUACCUGCAUCAGGCGCACGUGUUUGUGCAACCUCCUUUUCUGAGUAACUCCUGGACGAGCCAGCCCCAAGCCAACCCCUUCGGCUUCUCAUCUCCGCAUGGCGCGAGCGGACACUCGCGCCCUAUAUCCCCACCUGGAUAUUCCAACAGCCCGGUGACCUACCACAAUCACCGCUUCCAUCACGCUGCUUACGGAGCGUACCACCGACACCCGUCCGUGCUGGUGCCCCACAACGGAUGUCCCUACGGCGGUGUGACGCAGCCCUUGAGCCCCAGCGGUGGAUCUGCUCCAACAUCAUACCCUCAGUACACCUAUGCCAUUCAACCAGACAUGUCACUUGUUCACUCAAUGGAUUAGUUUGCUAUGGAAGUUGUUCGUUCACGGACGCUAAACUUAUUUUCGCCUGCCACUUCUUACUCUUUUAAAAGGAGGGCAGCGGUUUCAUUUAAGGGUUUGGAGCUGUUAAAAUGAAUGUUCUGUUGCUGAAAUAUUCCAGUACUUUCGGAAUGUUGCACUUUUGUAUACUAAGUAGCCUAUAAAGUAAUGCAAAGGGAAAUGGAGGCUCAGAUAGGCUAAAAGCCUAAAUAUGUUCAUGUUAUUUAUUUGUAUUGUUCUGUAAGAUUAUCAAUUACAAAUUAGGAUACACAUCAAAUAUCUUUAAGUGCCUGCAUUCUUCUGUUAAUCUAUCAAAUUCAUUUAGAUACAUUUUUGUUCAGUGAAUGUUGAAUUGAUGUCAAACAUCAUGUAUGUUUCAAUACAUGUUCUAUUUGCAUUUAAAACCGUAUUGGUAAUUUGCAUAGGCCGGUGCCUAUCACCUGCAUGUGGAUUAUGGUUGCACAUGAAAUAGCCUAACCUUUUUUAGGCUAUCAAUCUUGAAACACCUAGUCGUGUGCAGAAGUUUAAUGUAAACAUGUAGGCUACUAAGAGUUGUAGCUUACUACAAACUUAAUAAAAUGUGAACUUUAUAAAACAUUCUCCCUUUCAGAUCCACGUUCCAGUCUGAUAUGUUUGUCAUUGCAUGCGUGAUUGAUAACUUGGUUCAUAAGGCCUAUUUGUAAAUUAUUAUAGAUACACACAAUGUAUCAAAUAAAAUAUCAAACUCUACAAACUGA